AUGAAUUCCUCUGUCAUUGCUCAUCCAGGUCAUGAUGUUAGACAAGAGAUUGCCGAGAGAGCUUCCUUCAUAUCUCAACUCAAAACCCGUGAUCUCAGCCACUAUUCUGCAAAGUUAAAGGCUAGAGACCUUGAGCAAGCGGCCGUCGCAAGACGCUCUGCCAUUGCUGAAAGAGAGAAAGAAGAGAGGGAUCAGCUCUGCCCAGAAGUCACUCAAGGCUCUUACUACGUCUCGGGUGAAUAUGUCCAAGCAGACAUCGUCGAAGAACACGAGGGAGUCGAUCUCAUUCUCGACACCCAAGUAAUCGACAUGUCUACCUGCGAUCCCGUCACCAAUACCUUUGUCGAGAUCAAGCACUGCAAUUCCACCGGUGUAUACAGUGGUAUAGUCGCCUCAACCAACGGCAACGAUGUCGACACCGCCAACAUCAACGCCACUUUCCUCCGAGGUAUCCAACCAACCGACUCCGAAGGUGUCGCACACUUCCAAACUCUCUUCCCCGGUCACUACACCUCUCGCUUCAACCACAUCCACGUGCUCGUCCACUUCAACGGAACGACCUAUGCGAACGGUACCUAUGGUGGCGGUGUCAUCUCCCACGUUGGACAAAUGUUCUUUGAUCAAGAUCUGAUUACCCAAGUCGAGGACGUUUCUCCAUACAGCACCAACACCCAAUCAACAACUCUGAACUCUGCAGAUAGCGUGUUGGGUGAUGAGGCUCCUUCCUCGGAUCCUAUUAUCAACUACUCGCUUUUGGGUAAGACGGUUGCUGAUGGUAUCUUCGGAUGGUUGGCUUUCGGUGUGGAUGUUUCGAAAUCGUACAGUGUUAAGCCUGCUGCUAGCUUGUAUUCUAGUGGUGGUGUGGAGAACUAG